AACGAAGGACAUUUAUACAUAAAGCAUAGUAAAUAUAUAUUAAGUCACAUUUGUAUUCUUAUUUCACAAAACAUAUUUUUAAUUUUUUAACGUAAAAAACAAUAACAUGAAUUUAUUAGAUGAAAGAUAAAUUUUAAAAAAGCAUUAAAAUUUAUUAAUUGCCCCAUUUACAAAAAUAUAGGUCUAUGCUACUCCAACAGCAAUAUGUUAUUACAACAAGGGUCAUGGAGGAAAGUACAGAUUUAACGAAGGAAAAAUGUAUUUCUUUUGAUUUACAGCAUCCUGAGAUUUUACCAACACAUAUUUUACAAGAAAUAUUUCGAAAGAGGAAUAUCAGUCAUGAAAAGCUCUUGGACAAAGCCAGCUUGGUUGAUCUGUUUUAUAAAACAGUGAUCCCCCUUCCACAACGUCAUUUUGCAGAUACAGUAAGAGGCAGAAUUUUGACAAAAAAACAAAGUAUUCUUGCAAAGAAAAGAAAAUUUCAAGAAAACAACGUACCAGGCCAAGGAAAAAAGAUUAAAGAGGAACAUGACAUGAACUUCAUAAGAGAGAGUAUUUCUUCAGUGCAAAAAUCAUCCUGUUUAUCUUCUGAAAAACCCCAACAAUCAUGUGUGAACUUUGAAAAGAAAAAAAUUAUAUUGAAGAAAGAUUCAGUAAGUCCAAUAAAAGAGCAAUCCAAAUGUGGCUCAUCAGUGAAAAGAGGUGAUGAAAACAGGCAGAAAAUUAUAAAAUUGAUAAACAGUACCCUUAACUCAUCAACUACACCAACAAAUAGAUCAAAGUCAUUAAAAACUAAAGAGUCAUCUCCCAGUAUGAAAACAGACAUCACGUCAAUACUAAACAAGUCCUUAUCAGACGAGUCCUCUAAUGAGAGUCCACCAAAAAAGAAGAAACAUAAUCCCAUCACAUGGCCAUGACUGUUGUGUUAUGUCAUUUUUGAUUUCAAUCAUUUCAGUAGAUAUUGAUAAAGAAAAUAAAAUGUACAUAUUAAACAUAAAAUUGAUGGGAUACUUGGACAUUGUAAUACAGGGUGUCCACACUUUAUUCUGUCAGGUAGGAAGUUUCUCAGUCAAGUAUGAUACUCUGAUUUACCAUUAUGUACUGAUGAUUCAACUUUAAAAUACAGUAACUGGUAAGUUA